AUGUUCCCUCAGCGCAACGCCCUUCGUCUCUCCCAGCGCGCUGCCCAGCAGCUGCGUGCCGCUCCGGUCCGCUCGACCGUCCAGCGCCGUGCCAACAGCUCCGACUCCAAGCAGCUUCCCUCUUGGGCCGUCGACAACGAGUUCAACCGCGAGAGAGAGGCCGUCAAGCACCACGCUGCUGCUACCAGUGAUCUGUGGCGCAAGCUCUCCAUCUACGCCGUCAUCCCCGUUCUCAUUGCCGGCGGUAUCAACUCUUACAACCUUUGGAACGAGCACUGGGAGCACUGGGCCCACAUGCCCGCUCUUGAGGACCGUACCGAGUACCCCUACCAGAACAUCCGCGUGAAGAACUUCCCCUGGGGAGAUGGUGACAAGACUAUCUUCUGGAACUCUAGCGUCAACUACCACAACAAGGACAAGGCCACCUAA